CCACAAUGGCUCCAACAGCGUCCGCGAAGGACAAGGACGCCUUCUUGGACCGCAUUUACUGGGCGAGGCAAGCCCUCGCGCUGUUGUGCGGCAUCACCUUUGGUGCUUUUCCACUGACGUCCUGGGCUGGCUUUGUCAGCUUCUUCUUGGUGGUGCUGCUCGGUCCGCUGCAGUGGGCUCAGACCAUGUACAAGUCACAGAUGGCGCUGUUGCACCUGGAGCAGACCGAUAUCUUCUCCGAAGGAUUCCAGCCGUCGCUUUUUGUCUUCAUGGCGUCAUGGAUUCUGGUCUACACGACCUUGUACGGCGACUUUGAGUAAUGCAGCACCGCACCACGCAUUGUUGCUGAAAGCCACCACCACCGCCGCCGCCGCCAUCCAUAACAUCAAUGACAUCAGCACCAACAACACCAUCACAACAGCACCCAGAACAGCCUUUGUUCUUGUUCGGUUGCUUGCUUGAUCAAACGAUUCAGCCAUUUGCAAUCUUCACGUGCGUGUAUAUACACCGGCUUUGCCCGUGUUAGCGAACAUUAUAGAGAGAUACAUGCGACAAGCAGUAGUGUGCAG